CACUUUGUCCGCUUCGCACUUCGCUCCGCACUAAGUCAGUGUGAAACGAGCUCACAGGAGGAAGAGGAAGACGACAGAGGAAAAGCUCGGAGGAGUGGAGUCGAGAGAUGGCGUGUCGUCUCCGGCGUACGAUAGCUUGAUCCUGUUCCAUUUCUCUUGAUUCCCUUCCUUCCAAGCGUUAUUUUAUUGCUUUAGCAAAGCCGCCAAGCAACGCCAAAUUAAUGAGAAGGAUGAGCCAAAGCAAACAAAUGUUUUUGCUUUAAACUGUGUUUUCAGAAAACAGUUCUGAGAGUAGAGGAAUCAUGAGAGGCGUAGGAUUUGUGUUUGUUCUUGUUUCGUUACUAGGAGCUAUCGCGACGACGUCGUUUGCCUCCACCGUUACCUACGAUCACCGAGCCUUGGUCAUCGAUGGCAAGCGCAGAGUCUUGAUCUCGGGCUCCAUUCAUUACCCUCGCAGUACUCCCGAUAUGUGGCCGGACCUCAUUCAGAAGUCUAAAGAUGGAGGUUUAGAUGUGAUCGAGACCUAUGUUUUCUGGAACUUGCACGAACCAGUUCGUCGUCAGUAUGAUUUUAAAGGAAGAAACGAUCUGGUUAAAUUCGUGAAGACCGUUGCAGAAGCUGGAUUAUAUGUUCAUCUGCGCAUUGGCCCUUAUGUAUGUGCAGAAUGGAACUAUGGGGGCUUUCCUCUUUGGUUGCAUUUCAUUCCUGGAAUCCAGUUUCGAACUGAUAAUGGGCCGUUCGAGGAGGAGAUGCAGAUAUUCACGGCAAAGAUUGUGGAUAUGAUGAAGAAGGAAAAUCUUUAUGCAUCACAGGGUGGACCCAUAAUCUUGUCUCAGAUUGAAAAUGAAUAUGGAAACAUUGAUUCAGCAUAUGGGUCAGCUGCCAAAUCCUAUAUCCAAUGGGCAGCAUCCAUGGCUACAUCUUUGGAUACAGGAGUUCCCUGGGUGAUGUGCCAGCAAGCAGAUGCUCCUGAUCCCAUGAUUAACACCUGCAAUGGAUUUUACUGUGACCAAUUCACUCCAAAUUCUGUCAAGAAACCCAAAAUGUGGACAGAGAAUUGGACAGGAUGGUUUCUUUCUUUUGGAGGUGCUGUGCCAUACAGGCCUGUGGAAGACAUUGCAUUUGCCGUUGCACGCUUUUUCCAACUAGGUGGAACUUUCCAAAAUUAUUAUAUGUACCAUGGGGGGACUAACUUUGGCCGGACUACUGGUGGACCCUUUAUUGCUACAAGUUAUGAUUAUGAUGCCCCAAUAGAUGAGUAUGGACUUCUCAGACAACCCAAGUGGGGUCACCUAAAAGAUCUGCAUAAGGCCAUAAAGCUUUGUGAAGCAGCACUGAUCGCCACUGACCCAACAAUUACUUCUCUUGGUACAAAUUUGGAGGCCAGUGUCUAUAAAACAGGAACAGGGUCAUGUGCUGCGUUUCUUGCCAAUGUGCGCACCAAUUCUGAUGCUACUGUGAAUUUCAGUGGCAAUUCAUAUCACUUGCCUGCAUGGUCUGUGAGCAUCUUACCUGAUUGCAAGAAUGUAGCUCUUAAUACUGCACAGAUUAACUCGAUGGCUGUGAUGCCAAGAUUUAUGCAGCAAUCUUUGAAAAAUGACAUUGACUCUUCUGAUGGUUUCCAAUCUGGUUGGAGUUGGGUUGAUGAACCUGUGGGUAUCUCAAAAAACAAUGCAUUUACUAAACUCGGACUUCUGGAGCAGAUAAAUAUUACAGCUGAUAAAAGUGACUAUCUGUGGUAUUCACUAAGCACUGAAAUACAAGGUGACGAGCCUUUCCUUGAAGAUGGAUCACAAACUGUUCUUCAUGUGGAAUCACUAGGCCAUGCCCUUCAUGUUUUUAUUAAUGGGAAGCUUGCAGGGAGUGGAACAGGGAACAGUGGCAAUGCUAAAGUAACAGUGGAUAUCCCCGUGACACUUAUACAUGGAAAGAACACAAUUGAUCUCCUGAGUUUGACAGUAGGACUUCAGAACUAUGGAGCAUUUUAUGAUAAACAGGGUGCGGGAAUUACUGGCCCCAUAAAACUGAAAGGAUUAGCAAAUGGCACCACUGUUGAUCUCUCCUCGCAGCAGUGGACAUAUCAGGUUGGCCUGCAAGGGGAAGAGUUAGGCCUGCCUAGUGGAAGUUCUUCAAAGUGGGUUGCUGGCUCUACCUUACCCAAGAAGCAACCCUUGAUAUGGUACAAGACAACAUUUGAUGCCCCGGCUGGCAAUGAUCCGGUUGCACUAGAUUUCAUGGGGAUGGGGAAGGGUGAGGCAUGGGUGAAUGGACAAAGCAUUGGGCGUUACUGGCCAGCUUAUGUCUCUUCAAAUAGUGGUUGCACCUCCUCCUGCAAUUACAGAGGACCUUACAGUUCAAACAAAUGCCUCAAAAACUGUGGGAAACCAUCUCAGCAACUGUACCAUGUACCUAGAUCAUGGUUGCAACCAAGUGGGAACACUCUUGUGUUGUUUGAGGAAAUCGGUGGUGAUCCAACACAGAUAUCUUUCGCUACAAAACAGGUGGAGAGUCUGUGUUCACGAGUGUCUGAAUAUCACCCACCUCCAGUAGAUAUGUGGGGCUCAGAUCUAACCACAGGAAGGAAGUCAAGUCCUAUGCUAUCACUGGAAUGCCCAUUUCCCAAUCAGGUCAUUUCCUCAAUCAAGUUUGCAAGCUUUGGGACUCCACGUGGGACUUGUGGGAGUUUUAGCCACAGCAAGUGCAGCAGCAGGACGGCUCUUUCAAUUGUACAGGAGGCUUGCAUUGGAUCAAAGAGUUGCAGCAUUGGAGUAUCAAUUGAUACAUUUGGCGACCCAUGUAGCGGAAUUGCAAAGAGUUUAGCAGUAGAAGCUUCUUGUACAUGAAGAGAACCUGGUGGGUAAGAAAUAAGAACUGGCUGUGUUUGGGAAUAAGCAAAAGCUUUGUCCCCCAAGUAGCUGUGUAAAAUUGAGUAUACUUUUGACUGAUUAUGGAAGUAAAAAUAAGUUGUUACCGUAAAAACCAGAGAAAAAGAUGCAUCUAAUACCAUGUGGUAUCAUCUUCCUUGUAAAAAAAAUAAAAAAUAAAAAAAGGAAUUUUCUGCUUUUUUGAUAACAUUUCUUUAUCAUGUUUGAACUUUGUACAAUCUUUGCAAGAAAAAGGAGGAUGUGGCAUUUUCAAGAA